ACAAAAAGAGGGCGGGGGAGCGCGGUUUGGUGAUUUUUUGUUGAUGCUUUGCGCAGCGGCUGUAGGAUUUUUGAUCAAUUGCGCGGAUGGGCGUCACGGAGCUCCAGGCGAGCGUCAAGGCGCUGGUGAGAUCCGGGGGUGAAUUCAACCAGGACAAGGCGUGCUCCACAUUCUACUACGUUCCAUCGUCGGGCGAGGCAUCGGCGCAUCUCUCCGCCUCCGGGCUUGGAAACGAUCAAAAGCCGCGGUUGCGAUGGACGCCGGAGCUGCAUGAUCAGUUUGUCAAGGCCGUGGCGCAGCUCGGUGGCCCCGAGAAAGCUACACCAAAGUCGGUCCUGAAGCUAAUGGGCGUUCAAGGACUAACACUUUACCAUCUCAAGAGCCAUCUCCAGAAGUAUAGACUUGGAAUGCAAAUACCCCGACCCGAGACUAGCGGCGAUGGCAGGAGUAACUCCGAGGACAGCAGCAAACAACAAGAGAGUUUGCCUCUCACGCAGAUAAUUGCGGUGCACGCGGAGGUCGAGAAGAAACUCCGGGAGCAGAUGGAGAUCCAGCAGCAGCUACAGGCCCGGAUCGACGAGCAAUGCCAGCACCUGUACAAGCUGAUGGAGAGCGCGAGCCCUCAGAAGAAAUCGAUCAUGGCGGACCUGGAGGCCGCUCGAAAGCUCCAGCUCGACGGCAUCAUGGAGCUGUCCAAGAUGUACUCGGGGCUCCAGAGCGCGGUGGAGCAGCACGGCAAGCUGGAUCAAGCGACGAGCAACAACACCGCGGGGAUCAAGAGGCGCCCCAGCGACGAUGAUCCCCAACGCCAGCUCGAGGAGGAGCAAGAGAGGGUGACGAAGUCGCUAGUGCAGUGGAAGAAGGAGCCAGUGUGGGAUGACGACGAAGCGCAGCAUGCAUCAGGCUCCACUGCCGAGAUCUCGACGGGGCUCAAUCUCAGUAGCGGUCGCGGCUUAGACUUGAAUGGUCAAGGAGGGAAUUCGCAGGAAUUGGCGGGCAUCUCCCCUUCCAGCAGGGGCGCCAGACUCUCGCAGGGGACGUGUCCGUAUCGCGCGUUUUGGGUUGUAGCGUCUACAGCCGAAAUGCUGUAUGAGGCUCUCAAGCAAUCCACGACAAAGAUGUCGCAACACCAAAGGCCGUCGCUUCCAUCUCCUUCCCCGCAUCAUCACCAAGCGCUGUCCGAUCCACAGAGAAUUGCGAGCGGCUCUUCUCCCGGCGCUACGAGCUCUGGCGGCGGAGGAGGAGCAAGCAACAACGCCGUCUCGAAUGCGGCGGCCGCCGCCGCUAAGCAGCGCCUCCGAUGGACGCCGGACCUUCACGAGCGAUUCGUAGAGGCUGUUGGGCAGCUGGGAGGAGCCGACAGAGCUACUCCCAAGGGUGUUCUUCGCGUAAUGGGCGUGCAAGGACUCACAAUCUAUCAUGUCAAGAGUCAUUUACAGAAGUACCGACUUGCGAAGUACAUACCAGAUCCGAUGGGCGAUGGGAAAUCGGACAAAAGGAGGCACCCGGAUUUGCCGAGUCUCGGAGGAUCUGUUCAGAUCAACGAGGCAUUGCGUAUGCAAAUGGAGGUACAAAAGAGACUUCAGGAGCAGCUCGAGGUGCAACGGCACCUGCAAUUGCGAAUCGAAGCGCAAGGGAAGUACCUGCAGAAAAUUAUUGACGAGCAGAAGAAGAUGAGUGGGGGUCUUGACAACCAGCCAGGUGCCAGUCCCGGAUCGACGCAAGUUUUUAGCUCAGAUAUAACAGUCCAAGGCUCAGAUCUCAAAUACGAAUUGACCGAGAGCGUACCAGGUCUGAUGGAUCCACCAGGAGGAGGGGGAGGUGGAGGUGGAGGAGGAGCUUUGCCAGCGAUCACAUCAGCGCUUUCGGCACUGGGAUCAAUGGCAGCUAACAACAGUUUGUCGCGAGAAAACUCGCCGGCGUCAGUCCCAAAUCCUUUGGGAGCCAGUUACACUUUACUCAACAACAACAACAACAACAACAACAACAUUAGGACCGAUGACGCGGUAGUAGUAUCACCGAGACACCAGGAAUCAGUAGAAGAGUAUCUCCAUUCGAAAUCUUUACAACAGCAGCAGCAACAGCAGUCUUACCUCCAUUCGAGUUAUUUGCAGUGUAACACAGCAGGCUUCCAUGACCACAAGACUGGCGAGAGUUUUCUGUAAUAUGUAGGAGCUCUAUAGCCGCCGCAGCAAACGACUUUGUCCACUUUGGUACGAUCGUUUCUUGCCGCUUGUUGAAAGAAUUGAGACUUUUGUAACCGCGGUCCUGCUGUA